UGGGAGAAGUACCCUUCCAAUUAUACGAUCCUGCUCCCUGACGCUGGAUAGGACAAAGCAACUUGGCCCUAUGUUCCACGGACGGCACGAAAUGUAACACUCACCAUAUAAAACCAACCAAAAAAUAAGAACACUAAAAAAUAAGGGAAGAUUCCUAAUACAGUAAUACUGAAUGGGAUUGGCAGCCAAUAAGAACAUCAUCGCUGCCAUUGCUAAUCGCCCCCAAGAAUUUGUGCGUCAGCUCCCACUCCCAAUUAUCUCAACAACACCUCCCUUCUUACUACACUUCCCAACUGCUCACUCUCCGCUACUUCCUACUCUCACCAAGCUCGCACCUUGUCCAGCGCCCAUUGGAAGAGUUUCAGCUUCUGCGAGAAUGGAGGGUUCCAAAGCUGCUCCAGCCAAGACGCUGCCGCUGGGAUUGGACCCAACGAUGGAGGAAGAGUACGAAUCGCAGUCCAAGUUGCUCCGAGAGUUCGCUAGUAUCUCAAGCAUUGACAAGGCGUGGACUUUCAAGUCUGAGAAUGGAAUUGGUUCGCAGGCAAUGUUUGCAAUUAGCCAACCGAAUCUUCUGGCUAAUAAAAGGAGGAAAUCCAUUCUGUCUGCUAAUGUGUCAAAGGGGAGUAGCAGUUCAGUGAGCUUUCAGUGGGCACCAUUUCCUGUUGAGAUGACUGGUGUCGCUACAAUGGUUCCUUCCCCUUCAGGUUCCAAACUUCUAGUGGUUAGGAACCCAGAAAGCGAGUCACCUGUUCAGUUUGAAAUCUGGAGUCAGUCUCAAUUGGAAAAGGAGUUCCAGAUUCCACAGUCUGUUCAUGGAUCAGUGUACACUGAUGGCUGGUUCGAGGGGAUCUCAUGGAACUCGGAUGAAACUCACAUUGCAUAUGUUGCCGAGGAGCCAACUCCUGUCAAGCCGACAUUUGAUGGUAAAGGGUAUAAGAAAUGUGGUUCUGCUGAAAAGGAUUGUAAUAGCUGGAAAGGCCUGGGGGAAUGGGAGGAAGAAUGGGGAGAGACAUACGCUGGGAAAAGGCGACCUGUGGUCUUUGUUAUUGAUACUAGCAGUGGAGAGGUUCAGCUUGUUAAAGGGAUUGCAAAACAUUUAAGCGCUGGCCAAGUUGUUUGGGCUCCUUCUAUGGAAAGCUCGCCUCAGUAUUUGGUUUUUGUUGGAUGGUCAUCGGAAAGAGGGAAGCUUGGCAUAAAGUACUGCUAUAAUAGGCCUUGUGCUUUAUAUGCUGCCAGAGCACCGUUCUUUGGAUCAGAUGCCAAAAGUGAACAGAAAGAGAUUCCUGCUGUAGACUCAAAUGUGAUUAACGUAACUGAAGGCCUUGGUAGUGCUUUCUUUCCUCUGUUCAGCCCAGAUGGAAGGGUUCUAGUGUUUUUAUCUGCCAGUAGCUGUGUGGAAUCAGGUGCACAUUGGGGAACUGAAUCACUCCAUAGAAUUGAUUGGCCUUCUGACUUAAAGACACUCUCAUCUGCAAAAAUAGCUGAAGUGAUUCCAAUCGUUCAGUGUCCAGAAGAUGGUGGCUUUCCAGGGCUGUACUAUGCGAGUUUGCUUCGUCAUCCAUGGCUUUCUGAUGGAUCCACUAUAGUACUAAAUUCUGUGUGGCACAGCAGUGAGGUUAUACUAACUGUGAAUGUCUUAAGUGGAGAUUUGAAGAGAAUCAGUCCUGCUGACUCUAGUUCUGCAUGGCAUGCUCUUACACUGGAUGGUGACAACAUCAUUGCUGUUUCAAGCAGCCCAGUUGACCUCCCUGAAAUUAAGUAUGGGUACAUAGAAGUCCAAAAUGCUGCUUGGAAUUGGUCAAGCGUGCCUAGUCCCAUGAUUAGAUGCUCUGAAAGGGUUGAAUCACUGCUCUCGUCUCGUGAAUUUAGCAUUCUGAAUAUCCCAGUCAAAGAUGUGUCUGCUAACCUGCCAAAAGGCGCAAGUAAACCUUAUGAAGCAAUAUUUGUCUCUUGCACUUCCAAGAAAAGUGACGAGUUAGAUCCACUGAUUGUAGUCCUUCACGGAGGCCCACAUUCCGUGUCCGUAUCUAGCUUCUCCAGGAACCAUGCAUUUCUGUCAUCACUGGGUUACAGUUUGUUGAUUGUGAAUUACAGAGGUUCAUUGGGGUUUGGGGAGGAAGCAUUGCAGUCUCUUCCAGGAAAAGUUGGAACACAGGUGCAUGAUAUGCUUACGCCCCCACUAUGUUUUAAACAAUUCCAGUUGGCAAGUAAAUGGUUCUUGCUAUGAUGCUAUAUACAGUAAUACAGCUCCAUAUAACCUUCUUUGCCAUGCAUUCACAGGAUGUGAAUGAUGUGCUUGCAGCUAUAGAUCACGCCAUUGACAAGGGACUUGCUAGCCCCAAUAGAAUAGCUGUGGUUGGGGGCUCCCAUGGGGGCUUCCUCACAACUCACCUCAUUGGCCAGGCGCCGGACAAGUUUGCUGCAGCAGCUGCAAGGAAUCCGGUCUGCAACCUUGCAUCAAUGGUGGGGACAACAGAUAUCCCUGAUUGGUGCUACUUUGAAGCAUAUGGAAGUGAGGGGAAGGAUAAGUUUACCGAAGCAACUUCAGCUGCUGACCUAGCCAUCUUUCACAGCAAAUCUCCCAUUUCACACAUCUCUAAAGUCAAAACACCAACAAUCUUUCUCAUUGGUGCUCAGGAUCUCCGCGUUCCACCGUCCAAUGGCAUACAAUAUGCUCGUGCCUUGAAGGAGAAAGGGGUGGAGACAAAAGUUAUAAUCUUCCCAAACGAUGUCCAUGGGAUUGAGAGGCCGCAAUCGGACUAUGAGAGCUUCCUAAACAUCGGGGUUUGGUUCAAGAAAUACUGCAAAUGAGCUGCCCUUUUUGUUGCUGGAGAUAUAAAUCAUUCAGCAAUUUGUUAUUGCAUCAACUAUUAUAAGCGAACAUUGAAACACAAACAUUUUCUUAAUCAGUCCUGGAUGUCAAUGUUCCCACAUCCACCUUUGUAUAUUGAUUAAUAAACUGUUGUUGUCUUCAAUGGGAAUAAUUGCUGGCUGGUAUUUCCCCAAAAUAUUUCAGUUUGGUCCAUCCCUAAUUUUUUUUGCUUUGGAAGUCUUUUGGUAGGGGUGGGCAUUGACUUGGUCCAGAACCAUAUAAAAUUGAGAUAGACCGGAUAAACGAAAAAUGAGGACCAAAACCAAACCAAAAGUAUGUUUGAUUCAUUUGGUUGGGUUUUGUUCAAAUUCAAUUUUGGUCCAUUUUCUUCAUGUUUCAAAUAAUUCAUAGGAC